AUGGAACAGGAGAAAUAUAUUGGCAGUGGUCACACCCUCUAAAAAGGAAUCUUGAAUCUUGAUGGAUACAUUCCAUUUGUUAAUUUUGAUUCGCCGCUGUACCAAAUCAAAGGAGAGGUCUUUUAAGUUGGCCCUAAGAAACUCUAAGAAUUAGAUAGACUUGAGAUGCUAGAUAUGGAUGGAGGCUAUGAAAGAGAUCUUAUUGACAUAUACUUAGUUACAGACGAUAAAGACUAGAGAAUAAGUGAUGGCAAAGUUGUGAAGGCAUACAUCUAUACAAACAUUUAUCAUGACAUGAGAGUAGUAAGAGAGUAUGUAGAUGAAGGUGAUUAUAAGAAAUUCGUAAUGAGCUAAUCAUAGAAAAAAAGAGAUAACAUGAUUACUGAUAAAAUAUACUUUUGCUGA